AACUAUCCAUAGAGUAACUAAGCAAAGUCAUGCGAUAUAAUUUUUGUACAUAUGCUAUCAUGUGCAUCAUGAUCAUAAAGACACUGAACCGAUGGAAUACACGCUGUGCUAAAGUCAAGGGGACUUAGCUGAGAUAGAGCAUGAUUUCCUUAUUCUGUUUUUUAUUGAAGCUUAGUUGCCGAACAAUCAUGAUAGAAUUUUUGUGAGGAUGCAAAAAAAGUGCCACGCCACAGUGACCAUCGUUUCCAUGACUGAUGACGGUCAUGCCAUUAACGAAUUAUCUUUUCACGGCUGCAGUCACCUGAUACCUAAGAAGAAUCUAACCCUUUUGCUACGAAAGAUAUAGCAAACACGUCCUCUUUGUGAUGUAGCAACAUCACACGUACUAUAUAUAUAUAUAUAUACGUCCCAGUUGUGAUUUUUGUAUAAACCUUAGUUUUUGUGCCAAAAAAGAUAGCAAAUAAUUCUGCCUGUUGUGGCAUAAGCUGUUGAUGUAGCGAAAAGAUUAUAAAGGAAGAAAAAGGUUGCCCAAGAGGUAUACCUCAUUACGUAUACAUGAAAUACAAGAUCGGGUGAUUUAAUAGGCAUUCCUGGGGUUUUUUUCUUAUCCAUGUAACUUGACGCAUAGUUAGUUGUUGCUAUGGAUAAACGAAAUGUAAACAAUUCUUAAAAUAUAUGAUCUUGAACAACGUAUGAAAUUUGUCGUUAAUGUAGACAGACAAUUACAAUUUUAUUCUAAAUAUUAAAUGGAAUGGGCUCUGCUGUAUCGACAUUUAAUAGCAAGUCUAAUGCCUUAGGAAAAUUUUGCCAUGACGAUAAUAUAUUGCCAAUGCAUUCACCCUCCUUAUUGGACUUGGGCCAUGGUACCAUAAGACAUCGUCAUAUUCGGUUAAAUGAAGAAAUUUCAGAAAAACCUAAAAGUUUAAAAACAAGCUAUUUUUAUCAUCCAAAAUUAGAAGAUUACAGCGAAGAUGCUGUGGUGAAACCUGAGGAUGCUUUUAAGUUUUACUAUGUGUUCAAAGGAGCAAGAAAAGAUCAGACGAAAAACCUGUAUUAUGUUUAUGGAACCAACGUACACAGCAAGGAUCCUGGCGUCAAACAUGUGUCAUACAAGCCACAAGGAAAAGGAUAUAAGUGGCCUGAGUCUUUUAGGAAAUCAAAUAACCUUUAUUAUGACCUCAUAUUCUUAGAGCAAGAUCGUGGGAUUUCUAACUAUGCAGAUACCAUAAGUUUGGACUCACAUGUAACACUUGAUAGUGGAAACACUAAUUCCACCCAGUCAAAAGAUACAAUAAGGAUGACAUUAACAAAUCUAGAUAGUGCUGAAACAAUCAAACGAAAACUGGCCGUUAAACUUCUUGUUCCUGCCAUAAAUAUCCAUAUCACAUUUAACAGAGCUGAGUUGAGGAAUGAAGAUGUCAUUAGUGACUUGAGAUCACCUGAAGAAGGAAUGUGGAGACAGUUUUCGGUGUUGCUACGUUUAACUUGACAGUUGACAUCCAUUGAAUUAAAAUUGUCAAGUGUGCGUCUACAUACAAAGAUUAACGUAUUACGAGUGUGUUUACAAGUGUAAAAUUACAGUGAGAACAAGACAAACAGUGAUGACAUUACAGUGAUGAAAAAGACAACAAAUAUAUAAGAAAAAAUAUAUAGUAUAAAGUGUGAGUGACGAUGAAGAUGGUGCAAAUCAACACAAAACGUAGUGGGAUAGUCAAAACAGGUCGAGAGAGAUGGAACUGCCUUGGAAAUUCUGUGAGGGUGCGAGUUUAGACUUUAGAGAUCAGGAGGCUUUCAUUGUCAGGUAUGAGUCUAGGGUGGUAAGGUGAAUUGUGAAGAAGAUAAAAUUGUGAAGUCGUUAAAGGAAGCAGUGUAACCUGACGUGUCAAUAUGGAUAAGAGACUGCAUCUGGUAGGGCAUGCUGACUGUUUUCCUGUGAAAGGCAAAAUUCCCAUGUUCUAAGUGAUUCUGGUGUGAAGAUGCUACAUGGCGUGUGGUUUGACCCAUAGAGUCAUACGACGCGUGUGCCACUCGACCUUUCCUACUACGUUUUGUGUUGAUUUGCACCAACUGUACCUUUACUAUAACUUUAUACCAUAUAUUUCUCUUUACUUUUUUUGUCCUGUUCAUCAAACUAAAUUCACUGUAAUCAUUUGUAGCCACGUCACUAAUAUGCAAAUCUUUGUAUAUAUAUAAACGCACACAUAGUCUAAUGUCACAACGUCUUUUAACAAUGAAUUGAUGAAAAAAUUGUGUACUUCAAAAAGUUCAUAUUCACCUUUCUUUUUUCUAAUCUUGAUUGUAAAAACAAAUUUGAAACACAAAUACAAAGAUGCACUUGAAAAAAGUGUAAUGCAAACUAUGCAAUAAUGUGUAAGCCUCCAAAAAAUUUAAAGUGGUAAGAAACGCGCAUUAAACUUCGUGGGUUACGGUUUGCUAAUUGUGAUUCGAUCUUAUACAGAUAUCAUAUACUUUCAAAACUGUCAAAUUAGUUCUCUAAUAAGGAAAUAAUAACCUUUGUUAAUAAUUA